GCCGGUUGUGCGCUUGCGCACUCGUAUAGCGCUCGUGUGAAGCGAGGUUGUCGACGAUGCGAAAAUGGCGUACAAUACAACCGAAUAGUUUUUGAUUCCGGUUGUGGAAAAUCCGGGAAAUAUUGGUUGAAUCGUGUGGUGGUGUGCGCAAAGUUGCAGGAAACGAUAGCUGAUUUUAUUUUCUAGAGGUCCGAUGCGCGAAAUCCGUUACUUUAUGGCAUAAAUUUUGAAUAAAAGCGUUCGCCUCCUUCUAGAUGGCACAAGUGGACGAGGCGGAGAAGGAAGCAAGCGAAGUGUUACACUCAUUACUUUCAGUCGAACGAAUCGAAAAAACGGAAGUAAUCCUCGAAAACAACGAAAACCAGUCACCAUCAUCCCAAUCCUUCCAGUCCAACCCCCAGCCUUCCACCGAUGUGGUCGAAGGUGAGGCUCAAAUGCAAUGGCAAGCGCCGGUUGCCAUCACCGCACAUUCGAUAUUUUCAACAAUCGAUGGAAACAACCACUUCCAACAAAACCAAAUGGACGAUCAGCAGGUAGUGAUUUGGGAAGGGCACGCGAUACAAGUGGAUAACGCGAAUCCACACAUCAAUACCAUUUACACUAGUCCGAUUGAGGAAACGCCACAAUCCCCCAAACGACAAAACACUAAAUCAAAAACGCCGCCGAAAUCGACCAAAAAGAAACCAGCACCCAAGAAAAAGAAAAAAACGAUCGCGGACAACGCUGGAAACGACUCGACGAAACUGGAGGAGAGCGCAGCUCAAGUCAAGGAGAGGUUCAAACGGGGGUGCGAGUGCCAGGACGAGAGUUGUUUCCGGGGCCUAAACCCCGAAAGUGUAUAUAAACAUAGACUCAACAUCGCUGAACUAACCAAAGGCGAACACGACAUGUACCUAAUGGGCGUGACGAUGGCUUGCCUUGCAAACCCCGACACCACAGUCCGACACAAAGAACGGCGAAGGCUAAGGGCCCAGUAUGUGUACCAAGGGCGCCGCGUGUGUCUCGACGCCUUCCUGUACCUCGAAAACUGUACUCACUACCAACUAAAACGCAUAAGAAAACACGUAAUGACCCACGGAGUUGCCCCCCGGGUGCACGGCAACCACGGCAAAAAGCCCCACAACACCUUCCCCCUAGACAUCUACUACCACGCCACGGAGUUCCUCAAACAAUACCUGGAACAAUACACCGGGGAACGCGACAUAGUCAACACCAAACAGCCCAUCCAACUCCCGUGGGACGUCACCCGCAAAAACCUCCACGACGCCUAUAAGGAAUACGGGCAAAUCCUGGAACCCGGGAUCAAACUAAUGGGAUAUUCCACGUUCCGCCACUUCAUGAAGGAACAGUUCCCGCACGUGAAAUUCUGCAAGGUGGAGCCGAAGAACGCGUCCACCUCGCAACAGCAAAACCAGACGCCACAACAGCCCCAGCAACAGCAGCCCCCGCAACAAGACACGCAAAUCCACCACACGAUUCCCAAAACCACGCAGAUCAUCGAGCGGCCCCGCGAGCAACAGAUUCAGAAGUGUGUUAUUAAUAACGAGGUGCAGCAAGUUAUUCCCCUGGUGGUGGCGCAGCCGAAUGACAGUACGGGGGCGCAGCACCACCAGCAAGCGUUUCUGGUCACGCCCGUCUCGCAGAUCAUACCAAAUGGGCCCCAGAACCCAAACGGGCACGCGCCGGCCAACGCCUAUUCUUACCAGUUGGCCAACACGGGCUACGUUAUCAACGAACAAGGGAAUAUCGUCACAACGAUGGCCAAUGCGCAGCAUCACGCGCCGUAUGCGUUCAGCAGGAUGUGAACUUUGGGGUGAUAAUGAAACGAAGGACAAUGCCUGAAUCUUACAGUGUACAUACUAUAUUUUGCCUGUGAAUUAGAUAGGAGUAGCACCUAGAGUACAGGGUGGCGGAAUUAGUUUAAACGCCCUGUAUAGAAAAUAUCGGUGAUAAAUGAUAAUUUAUUGUAUUAUGUAAGUAUUAAUCGACGUGAUAGCUUAUGUUAUGAUGAGUUAUGAGAACUGACAAUUUUUACUUUAUACAACACUGAAAGGAAUAAGGCGGGUUCGGCUGGUUUCAGAGUCACACUGAAAGGUUUCUUUACUCAAAAACUUAAUCAGUCGAGACUAGCCGACACGCCAACAAUAUAUCGUGGAUUGAAUAUUAUAAUUAUAUGAUUAAUUUUAUUUUACUUUUGCUAGAAAACAGUUGUGUUAAUUCAAGCCACGAGAAGUGUAACUGUUCUUUAUUUAUUUUUCGGAGGAAGUGUACAUUUUUUACGGACGUUUGCCGAUUAUUUUUUUCAAUAAUUUAUAUGUUUAUUUAUUUAGAGAUGGUUUUAAGUAAGUUGUACUAACUUAAGUAACUUUUAACACAAUAAAGUUUUUAUGUUUU